AUGUAUACUGUACCCAAUCAUGUGAGAUUCUCGAAAUCUCUUACUCAAAUUGCAAUGGUUUUGAAUCGAAUGACAUGUGUGUUAUUUCCAACGAGUUAUGAUAAAAUCUGGAGAAAAAUGACGCCUGUUGUUUGGGUUUGUCUGAUUUUGCUCCCGUUUGCUGGAAAUUGGAAUUGUCUGAUUUCGCGAAUUUAUAUGGAUAGUUUUCGUGGUGGAUUUACAAUGAAUUAUAUGAGAGCUGUUGAUUGGGCGGCUCUUUCAAUGUUCCAAUCGGUUUUCAUCCUCACUGCGUUAUUAUUCACCGUAAUCUGUACCCUUAUCACUGUUUACAAGCUCGUUUUGCUACCUGGAAGAGUGAAAUCAAUUGAAAAAUCGUUGUGUAUGUCCUGCAUCUUUCUUUCUUGCAGUUUUUUGCUAGUGGGAGCAAGUCAGGCAGCCAUUGCGUUUUGUCCGAUUUGUCGAACUCAAACCUAUUUCAGUUUGUUCAAUGCACAGUUAAUAGCUUUCGACGUUUUCACAGUUGGAUCAGCAGUCAUUAUGAUAAUAACAGACACCAAACUUCGAUCAGCUGUAUUUCCGUGUAAAUUCAGAGAGGAUAAGCCUUCUGUAGAGCCAUCAAAAGUUCGGGUUAGAAGUGCGUUCAGAAGUGUUUCAAUGAAUUGA